AUGAUAGCUUUAUUGCAACUAUCUCAUAAUACUCAACCUAUAACCAAUUCAAAUUUACAGUCUCAAGAUCCCAAUGCUAGAAAAUCAGGUGAAUCUGUUAAACAAUGGGGAUCAAGAUUACGAAAGAAAGUCAAAGAAUUAAGUGACAAAGAUUGUGGUCAGCCAAAAAAUUUGGCUGAAACCAAAGCUCUUUAUGAUAAAUUAUUACAACUGGAUCCAAAUGCAUAUUUCCGACCUGCAACAGAAAAAGAAAAGUGUGAAGAGCAAGGAUUCUUUGAUGAACUUGAAAUCGAGGAAGCAAAUCUUCAGCAUGAUCCAUCUCCAAUG